GCCCUGUGCAAGAUGGACAGAGCCUCAGGGAGACAGACCUCAGAGAGACAGAGGAGGAGGCCUUGGGGCCUCUUUGGGGGUAGGUGGGGCCCAGGGGCAGAAGCAAGCCCAGAAUGAGGGGCAGGAGCUGGGAAGAUGACAAAGGGACAAUCUAGAGGUAAUUGGGCAAGGCUGAAUUGGAGCCAGGACCUAUCUGGGGGCAGUGGGCUGGCAGCGCAGCCCCUGUGGAGCAAGGCUUGAGAUUUGGAGGGCCCAGGCCUCCUGCUUGCCCAUCAGCUAGCACAGGCUGCCCUCUCCCUCCACACCUAGGAAGGGAGGCCAGUGAGGGCCCCACAGACCUGGGAGGUUGCCACCUGGCCCUCAGCCAGCAGAUGGUAGGUAUGAGGAGUCAGCCCCCGGCUCACACUCUCUUGAAACUCCCUCCCCCAGCCAGGGGUGCUGCAUGAGGGGCCGCAGGGGCGACCGUAUGACCAUCAACAUCCAAGAGCACAUGGCCAUCAACGUGUGCCCUGGGCCCAUCCGGCCCAUCCGCCAGAUCUCUGACUACUUCCCCCGCCGGGGACCAGGACCCGAAGGGGGUGGCAGGGGCUCCGGGGAGGCCCCUGCUCACCUGGCCCCCCUGGCCCUGGCCCCCCCUGCAGCCCUCCUUGGGGCCACCACGCCCGAGGAUGGUGCUGAGGUGGACAGCUAUGACUCGGAUGAUACCACCGCCCUGGGCACGCUGGAGUUUGACCUUCUCUACGACCAGGCCUCCUGCACUCUGCACUGUAGUAUCCUCAGGGCCAAGGGUCUUAAGCCCAUGGAUUUCAAUGGCCUGGCCGACCCCUAUGUCAAGCUGCAUCUGCUGCCUGGAGCCUGCAAGGCCAAUAAGCUAAAAACUAAGACUCAGAGGAACACGCUGAAUCCUGUGUGGAACGAGGACCUGACGUACAGUGGAAUCACAGAUGAUGACAUCACUCACAAGGUGCUCAGGAUCUCUGUCUGUGAUGAAGACAAGCUGAGUCACAAUGAGUUCAUCGGGGAGAUCCGUGUACCCCUCCGCCGCCUCAAGCCUUCACAGAAGAAGCAUUUUAACAUCUGCCUUGAGCGCCAGGUCCCGCUGGCUUCACCCUCUUCCAUGUCGGCAGCGCUGAGGGGGAUCUCCUGUUACCUGAGGGAGCUGGAGCAGGCAGAGCAGGGGCCGGGGCUACUGGAAGAGCGCGGGCGCAUCCUGCUGAGCCUCAGCUAUAGCUCUCAGCGCCAGGGGUUGCUGGUAGGCAUUGUGCGCUGUGCCCACCUGGCUGCCAUGGAUGUCAAUGGCUACUCGGACCCCUAUGUCAAGACGUACCUGAGACCAGAUGUGGAUAAGAAAUCCAAGCACAAAACAUGUGUGAAGAAGAAGACUCUAAAUCCGGAAUUUAAUGAGGAGUUUUUCUACGAGAUGGAGCUCUCCGCUCUGGCUACCAAGACUCUGGAAGUCACAGUCUGGGACUAUGACAUUGGCAAAUCCAACGACUUCAUUGGUGAGGGAGGAGCCCAGUUGGGUGGGGCUGAUGGAGGGCAGACUGGCAGUGAGAUGGGCUCUGACUUUGCCUGCCCCUACCUACUCCCCAGGUGGCGUGUCCCUGGGGCCAGGCACCCGGGGAGAGGCCCAGAAGCACUGGAGCGAAUGUCUGCAGCAGCCGGAUACAGCCCUGGAGCGCUGGCACACCUUAACCAGUGAGCUGCCCGCAGCGGCCGGGGCUCUGCCUUCAGCCUGUGUGAGACAGUAGCUGCCCAGCACAGGCCCCUCAGGGCUGGGUCCAGUACCCAACCUUCGCACGGGUGUGUUGCACGUUUACACGGGGUGGAUGCCCCACCCCGCACUACCUGUCUUAUUUCGUGAGAAUCUCCGUGACCAUGGGUCAGUCUGUCUUGUGAGGGACUGUGGAGAUCUAUAUUCACAUAUGCAAACUUCCUCCUGCCUGACACGCUACAACACGCAAAUAUGCAAACCACCCAUCCUGUGCACACCUGCAGGGGGAGUCCUGUCAGUGCCCCCUGCCCUAAGG